AUGUCGGAUUCAGAACAAGUCGAAUCGACGGUCACAACUCCAGAGCCACAGGCUGAGGUUGAAGCUCAGGUCGAGCCUGCUGAACAACCUGUUGAAGAACCUGUUGAGGAACAUGUUGGGGAACCUGUUGAAACUCAGGUCGAGGAGCCCGAAGAAACAGAGUACACGGAGCAGCAGGCUGAAGAUGAUGCUGAAGCGCCCCUCGACGAGCAGGUGUACAAGCUGAAAAGCCAUAAACGGAAAGGCCCCGCAAAGACCGCCAAAGGUCCCAAAGAACAAAGACGUGCUCGCACGAAAAAGUCCAAGCCUGAACCCGAAGAGGAGUCGGAGCCAGAGGAAGAAGUGGAUGAGGCGACAAAAGAAAGAAGAGAAAUCGAGGCAAGGAUUGAUGCUGCGCUGAAAAAGCCGGGCGUGAAACGCCGCAAAAUGGCUGGCGACGACUUGGAACAGCUCCAAGACGAACGGGUUGCCCGCCUUCGAGAGGAAAUGCGUGAAGCAGCCAUGCUGGAUGCCGAGUGUAUUGAAAACGGCAAGCCCGCUCUCAACAAGGUCAAAAUGCUGCCUGAGGUCGUCAACGUAUUAACAAAGCAUAGCCUGGCCGAUAGCAUUCUUGAUGGCAAUUUGCUGGAGAGCGUCCGCAUCUGGCUUGAGCCGCUGCCGGACGCCUCGCUACCUAGCUAUGAGAUCCAGAAAGAGCUGUUCCAUGCACUCGACAGGUUGCCUAUCAAAACCAUUCACUUACGGGAGAGCAAGCUCGGUCAGAUCGUUCUUUUCUACCAGAAAUCAAAGAGACCACACCCGCAGAUCAAACGCAUUGCCGACAAGCUGGUCGGCGACUGGACCCGUCCGAUUAUGGGCAGAAGUGACAACUACCGUGACAAGCGAGUCGCAACACGCAAUUUCGACCCUACCGCCGAUCUUGGAGUACGACAAAAGACUCGCACAAGCCUUACCCCCGCCGAGGAGGCGGCUAUCCGUCGCAACCGUGCGGCCAUCCCCACUGCUCGCACAGAAACUUACUCGGUUGCGCCCAUGAGCAAUAUCAGUGCAUCAGGCGGUGCUCGCAGUGGCGGCGAGACCCAGCAGCUGCGCAGAAUGAAGGCCAAGCUCAUGAGCUCCAAGGGCCAGUCGUCGCGCAAGUCCAAAGUGUCGGUCGAGGGCCGCGGGCUUAACUAG